UAAAUGGAAACCUGAUUGCAUUUUCUGCUAUAUCUUAGUGUAAGUCAAGGCCCGUGUACAAAACCCAAAGCUGUCUUAUCCCUCCUGACUUGGUUAUUUUUCUACAUUCAGGAUGUAACUUCUUGUUACAAACUUCUGCAUUGUUGAAUAUUUUCUAUCCUUUUAUAGUCUCUGUUUCCAUCUCAGUGCUACUCUUGGGUCUGAUUUGUAACCAAUGUAAUCUGCAUUAUAUACUGUCCUAAACUAGAGCCUAGGCAGACUCGUGAAAUAGCAGGAAACUGUCUUUGUCUUUGAAGCACUACAGUACUUUCUUUUUGUGUCUGUUAAAAUAAUUGUGCCAGGAAAUGCAUCUUAUACAGCCACUCUGGAUAAGCAAUAUAUUGUACUGUAAAUAUAGCAGUUGCUGUCACAACCUGGAGUUCAAAUGUCUGGAUGGUAACUAGUGCCUGUCUAAUAUACCUUGGAAAAGAGCAUAGGCCUUCCUCCUAUGGUGCUGUUACAAAAAACUAUUACCUGUUUUGAUUCUGGGAAAUUGUGAAAUAUGGUGGACAAAAUGUUCCUAUGUUCCAUUGAGAUCCAAACGGUGGGUUUUGGUUUCUCUGUAAGGAUGUCCAUAAAACUCACGGGGUUUGGGUUUCAAUGUGAUUGUAAAUAGGUAAAACUGUCUGUGUGUUUGUGUCUGAAACUGAAUUCCACGUGGUGAUCCUAGGAUGGAGAGGGAGGGAGAGGGGAUGCAAUCAGGUGCCACUAGUUUUUGCUGACUGAAACCCACUGUAAAUUAGUGAAUGGUGUGAAUUGCAGCCUGGCUGAGGUGUUGGAAAUGAAUGAAAACUCUUGGGAUCGGCAUCAGCCUCACAUGAAUGACUGAAUAAAUGCAAUAAACGGCUCAUAGUCAACACUAUUAUUUUGUUCAUCACUUACUACAGACUUUUUUUGUUAUAAAUUUGAGUACAUUAAUUAUGUAAUUUGUAAAAUGAUGCUGUAGUGGAGACCUUGCUACAACACUAUUAAAAAGCUUUCCUUUUUGUGAGAUGAGGUUUGUAGAAUAGUGAGAUUCUUUCGUACGUUGAAUCUUCCUGGUGAUGGGAAUGCUGGGGUGAUGUAUCUCACUGUGAGCUGGUACUUGGCUAUUUGCAUAACAUGGCAGUUCUGUAUAUUCUUUUGGCUAACUGUAAAUAUAAAUGUUUCAUAAUAGCUUAGUUGAAUUUUUGAGGUACAGCUGUUUGUGUGAGAUUAGAAAAAAAGUUUAUUUCUAAAAACUUGUAAAAAAAAAAAAAAGUAUUUUCAAUAAAAUUCCCUACCUCACCUCUAUUGUGCAGAAAUGA